CGGUAUGCUUCUACUUCCAGGUUGGUGGAUGUAAACAGACGACGUUCACCUCUAGAGACAGCAGCGGUAGAAAACAUGACCAAGCUGGAGCUGUUGAACGUGUUCCUGAACGACAGGUUGACAGCGGCCGCUGAGGAGAUUUUCCGCGCCGUUAAAGACACGGUGGUGGAGUAUCAAAGCGAAAUCCUGCGCUCCAAAGAGGAGAACGAGCGGCUUCGACGGCUCCUCAGUGUAGCCGUGCAAAGACUCCUGCUGCAGCCAGAACCUCACUCCAUCCAGCCCCAGGAAGACAGUCAGCCUAGUGAGUCGGACUGGAGAAGCAUCGUGGAGCUGCAGCCGCAAGUUAAAGAAGAACCAGAACUCGGAGACAUUCAAAUAGAUUGUUCAUAUGAAGCAAGCAACUCAGAGGAAGGAAGCUGUAGUCAUGUUGAGCCACUACAGAGGUCUCAUCCCCCACCAGCCAAGACUGUGUGCAGCAGACAAAGUGUCUCCCCUGCUCCAUUAACAUCCCAGGAGAUGAAGGCAGAGAGUGACAGAGAAGACACCAGGGAACAGCAUCCAGCCAACAUAUUUCCCUCCUCUGUAGCUGUUCAUUCAAACUGCAGAGUGGCUCAGACUGAUUCUUGUGCCAGCACUGCAAAGAGUCUCAGGACUGGGAUAACAGACCAGCAGGUAAAAGGCCUACUUCGCUCAAAUGGAAAACAGAAUGCGCACACACUGCAGAUCAAGAAUGUGAGGUCCCAUAAGCUGCCUCCCACUCGCUCCUGCCACCCAAGCCAGAGCAUCCAGAGGUGGCACAGUUGUAAAGAGUGUGGUAAGGGCUUCAGCUUCGCCUGCCAGCUGGAAGUCCACAUGCGCUGGCACACUAAAGAGAAGCCAUACUGCUGCACGGUGUGCUGCAAGAGCUUCACCACAGUCAGCAUGUUGAAGAGGCACCACCGCAUCCACACUGGAGAGAAGCCCUUCCGCUGCCAUGUCUGUGGGAAAUGCUUCAACCAGUCUGCACACCUCAACACUCACUUCAGGCUCCACACCAGAGAGAGGGCCAGCUGGAGCCGAGAACCACACACCAAGUGACUUAAGGCCUUCAGAAUAAAAGGAAAUUAAACUGUAAAUUUUAACAUGCUUGAAAUGGCCAAAUGACAGGGUACAAUAAUAGUGUUUGAUUGUCUUAUUGUUGUGCAAUAAAGCGUGAUAUAUGCA